AUGCCUACCAUGACGCAGGACGUACCUAUUGCAGUCAUUGGCCUGUCCUACCGUGCACCAGGCGUGGGAAGAAAGAAUCUUUACGAGUUUCUAGCCACAGCGCAAUCAGCAUGGUCACGUGUUCCAGCAGAACGGUUCACGCAGGAUGCGUUCUACCACCCAGACCACCACAAGACGGGCACUAUAUCCUCAAAAGGCGGACAUUUUCUAUCCGAAGAUAUCUACGCAUUCGAUGCUCCGUUCUUUAAACUUCGACCAGAAGAAGUACGAGCGAUUGAUCCCCAACAUCGCAUGAUCCUGGAGUGCGCAUUCGAAGCAGCAGAAAACGCAGGUGUGACACUUGAGGACCUUGCUGGAUCUCGAACCGGGGUGUUUGCCGCUAUCGGAAGUAAUGAGUAUGCGGUUCAGUCUGUUGAAGAUAUCUACACGACAACGAAAUGGACUGCUCUUGGAACGUCCAACUGCAUGUUUAGCAAUCGUCUGUCUUACUUCCUCGACCUCAAGGGCCCCAGUAUCUCAAUGGAAGCUGCUUGCGCGAGUUCCUCGUACGCGUUCCACGUGGCUUGUCAAAGUCUCCGUAUAGGCGAAUGCGAGUCUGCGUUUGUCAGUGCUUCGUCGCUUAUACUCGGCAACUCCCAGUGGAAUUGUCUUGACAAGUUAGGGGCUCUUUCCAACGAGGGAAAGUCUUUCUCAUACGACACCAAGGCUGAGGGAUAUGGGCGCGGCGAGGGUGCUGCGACCUUUCUCAUCAAACGUCUGGAUCUUGCUGUUCGAGACGGCGACCCCAUACAGGCAAUCGUUCGCAACUCUGCUGCGAGUCACAACGGUAGAUCCGACGGUAUCACUAUGCCAAGUGGACCGGCACAAGAGAAUCUUCUUCGACGAGUUCACGAAGAGAUUGGAUUGCGACCAUCUGAUACACCGGUUAUAGAGGGCCAUGGAACGGGAACUCAAGCAGGUGACCCUGUUGAGGCCACAGCUUUCGCCAAUGUCUUGGGGGCUGAACGCACUCCCAGUAAUCCGCUCUAUCUGGGCUCUCUCAAGUCGAAUUUUGGUCAUCUCGAAGGCGCAAGUGGAGCCCUUGGCAUUGUCAAAGCCAUUCUUAUGCUUCAACAUGACGAGAUUUUGCCAACCGCGAAUUUUGAACAAUUCAAUGAGAGGAUCAAAGGUCAAGAUAAGCUGGUGAUCCCUACCAAACCAAUGCCAUGGCCUCGAGAUGAGGCAAGGCGAGUUAUUAUGACGAAUUUCGGUUUUGGUGGAGCCAACGCUGCCAUCUUGCUGGAAGCGGCGGCCUCCUCUUCACAGCUUUUGCCGGGUUCAAUAUACCAUCCCAUUGGCAACGGCUUUCAUGCCAAAGGCGAUGAGAACAAAAGCAAUAGCCUGCUGAUCGCGAAAUCCUCGUCGACAUCCAGACUAUAUGUUCUUUCGGCAAAAUCUGAACAGAGUCUUCGGGCCUACGUCUCUUCCUUUCAACAGUAUCUGGAAAAAUCGACGAAGGAUGAGUUCCAAACAGUGGCAAGUGACUUAUGUUAUACACUGAGCCAACGACGAACGCACCACAUGUACCGCAUCGCAACGCCCGCAGACUCAAUUCAGACGUUGAUUCAGUCUCUCAGAACGGCCAAGAUUUCCAAGAUCAAGAAGUUGUCCAUCAGCUUUAUCUUCACCGGCCAAGGAGCGCAGAGUGCCCGGAUGAGUGAGGGUCUUCAUCAGUACGAGAAAUUUAGAGAUGUCCUAGAUCAAGCAGAAAAGCAGCUCCAUGACAUGGGUGCAUCGUGGUCGCUCAAGGAGGAGCUCAUGAAGACGAACGAAACCUCACGACUCAAUGAAGCCGAAAUCAGCCAGCCUGCUUGUACAGUGGUUCAGAUCGGCUUGAUCGAAAUUCUCCGGUCAUGGGGAAUCGCACCCUCCAAUGUCACUGGCCACUCUAGCGGUGAGAUAGCCGCGGCAUAUACAGCAGGCUUCCUAAACUUGCGAGCAGCAGUUGCUGUUGCAUACUUCCGAGGUCAGGCAGCUGCACGACUGCUAAACGACCAAGGGAACAAGGGUGCUAUGAUGGCUCUUGGUGCUGGGCCAGACGUUGCUAAUCGCCUCAUUAAGAACCUGCGAUCACGCUACGCAACCAUCGCUGCCGUUAACAGUCCUCAAAGCGUGACGAUCUCGGGAGAUUCGCAAGCAAUUGACGACAUUGAGUCAAUGGCUAACGCGGAAGGUUUAUUCAACAGACGGCUGAAGGUUGAUGUAGCAUAUCACUCCAAGCACAUGUCCAAUGUCGCCCCCUGGUACUUGGAAGCCAUCCAGCCAUUUUUCAAAUGGCAAGAGAAUCCAAGCGAAGAGGCCAGUCCUACGUUUGUUUCAUCUGUAACGGGACAGAUUGAGAGUUCAGAAACUGUCAACGCCAACUACUGGAUUGAAAAUCUGGUUCGCCCUGUCCAGUUUGCCGACGCCAUUAAGCGGUUGGUACAUGUUCACGGAGAGUCGACAGAUGCAAAGACGGUCAAUCUCAUGGUCGAGGUUGGGCCGCAUUCGGCUUUGCAAGGGCCCAUCAAACAGACCCUUACAUCUCUGCGUCAAGAUACUGUUGAUCCCAUUUCCGGUUCUGACAUGUAUCUGCCAACACUCAUUCGGAAUACGCCAGGAGAUGAAGCUUUGCAGUCCCUGGCAGGUGCUUUAUUUUCCUCUGGAGCUCAGAUUGACAUGGCCCAGAUUCACAAGUCAACCCAGUCAAAGCCCACUGUCUUGACGGAUCUUCCAUCCUACAAUUGGGAUAAGUCCACAACUUACAAAUACAGAUCUCGCGUCAGCAAUGAGAAACUCCAUCCGAAGCUUCCAAUCGCAUCCGUUCUUGGAAACGAGAGCGUGUAUGCCAUUGGCGGCGAAAGAAUGUUUAGACACGUUUUCACCCUCGACGAUAUACCUUGGCUACCCGACCACGACAUUGCUGGAAUGGUAAUCUUUCCUAUGACAGGGUAUCUCUCGAUGGCCACAGAUGCAGUGCGCAGGGUCUGGAGCGGUCUCUCGAAACCUGGCAGCAUCUCCGUUUCCGAAUUUCACCUCAAGCGUAGUUUGGAGGUUCAGCAGGAAGAGCAGGUGGACAUCACCACUAAACUCUCGCCAGCUGCGACAGGAACUGCGACAUUCUCGUCAACUCUAUGGAAUUUUGAGAUCAGUUCUUGGUCGGAGGAGUAUGGAUGGACAAAUCACUGUCAUGGCCAAGUUGAAGCUCUGAGCUCCGAUCUUUCUCUGGCCAGCCCGACAUUUUCGCUUGCCGAACCUCUGUUGGAAAGAAUGAAAGGAAUUGCGACCGAGGGCGAGGAAGCCUACGGUCAUCUAGCGCAACUUGGAACCCGCUAUGGACCUUCCUUUAAAGGAAUGCAGCAAUGUUGGAUCGGACCCGACUGGACCAUUAUGGAGAUGGAGCUAAGAGAAAUUGAGACACCCGUCAAUCUCUCUGACUUUGGAUCCCUUGUGGCGGUUGAUCCACCAACCCUGGACUCGCAUUUACACGGCAGCUUGCUGCUAGCCAUGGAAGCGGCGUACAUACCGACCUUUGUCGCAAAGGUUCGUAUCUCGAACAAUAUCCCAGAAGCCAGCAAACAGCGCAUCAUCGUUGCCACUCGACUCUUGAACUACGACAAGAAAUGGGGACGCUUAGAAACCCAGAUUGCAGUCUUCGCAGAAAGUUCAACAAAGCAGCUCAUCCCAAUUGUAGAGUGGGAAUCCAUCUCGAGUCGAGCUAUCAACCCAGCUGAUACCGAAGGACAAGUGAAAAGUUUGCCAACAGGAUUCAGAUGGGAACUUUCUCCAGCCGUAGAGCUUUUGGAAAACGACGUUACUGAAGCUGCAGUAAAUGACGGUUCCACGGAACUCGUAGAGAAAGCUGGCUAUAACGUUCAGGCAUCACUCGUCAUUUGUGGGUCAUUCCUAGACGAUGAUGAGACAGAAUUUGCCCAUAUGGUCGGAGAUAUCCUAGCGCAGCAGUUCGGUCAGGAAACAGAAAUCCUGCCUAUCGCAGAAGUGGAGAUUGAUGACCAGUCUCUAUACGUAUUCAUCGACUCUCCCCAGCAAAGCAUCUUGAAGGAUCUUUCACACGAUCGAUUUACAACAAUCCAAGAUUUUCUCUUGAACGCCAAAGGUGUUCUGUGGAUCGCGUCUGCCGCCGCUGGUCCAGAAGCCGAGAUGAUAAUCGGAAUGAUGCGUACCUUACGGCAGGAGCUUGACAAUCGCAAUCUCAUGGUUCUAAGCCGAGCUUCCCAGACCGAAGAAGCAACCGUUGCUAUCUCCCAACUAGCUCAAAGACUAUACGAUCCAGCAUUGGCAGAUAGCACCAAGAUCAAGGACCAGGACUUUAUCUGGCAGAAUGAACGUCUCCAUGUUCCUCGCUGGUCACAGAUUGAGGGUGUGCGAGAAACCUUUGCAGCAGAGGCUGAGAUACCAGUGCAAUCCCAGCGCAAUAUCUGGGAGUCUGGCAAUGCCAUUGAGUUGACCAUUGGAGCUGCCGGUAAUCUGGAUUCGCUCUACUUCCGAAAGACGGAAACAAAGUCCGCGGCUCUUGGUGAUGGUGAAAUCCUGGUAAAAGCCGAAGCUGUUGGGAUGAACUUUCGCGAUCUGCUCAUCUUUCUGGGAUCCAUCCCAUGGUGUAGACCAGGCUUCGAAGGAUCCGGGAUCGUUAUGGAAACCGGCAGAGAUGUCACUCAUCUCCAGCCUGGCGAUCGUGUCUUCUACGUGUCCAUGGAGGGCGGCUCGUACAGCACAUACACACGCAUGCCAUCUUGGCGUGCCUGCAAAACUCCUGCGAGCAUGUCAAGCACUGAGGCGGCCAGCUUGAUCAUCGCCUACUCUACGGCAAUAUUCGCCAUCAAUCGUGUGGGACGGGUAAGGAAGGGUGAGAGCGUACUCAUUCAUGCUGCCUCCGGGGCGGUUGGUCAGGCUUGUAUCGUACUUGCCCAGCAUGCAGGAGCGCGCGUAUUUGCAACUGCAGGAACGCCCGAGAAACGUCAAUUUCUACACGACACCUUCGGGAUCAGCAAAAGCGACAUAUACUCUAGCCGGAAUAAUGACUUCCGGGACGAGAUUAUCAAUGCGACAGAGGGGCGGGGUGUUGAUGUGAUUGUCAAUUCGCUGAGUGGUGCCCUACUACAAGAUACAUGGGCGUUGAUAGCCGAAUUUGGGCGUUUUGUCGAAAUUGGAAAAAAGGACUUCCUUCAAAACAGUAGCCUUGGUAUGAGGCCAUUCGACCGCAACGUUACUUUCAGUGGCAUUGACCUGAGAGCAAUGUUUAUCCGUCGGCCGGAGGAGGAGAGAGAAUGCCUCAGUGAGAUCAUGGACCUGAUUCGCAGUGGAGUGGUCCGGCCGAUUCAACCCAUCUCGGUUUACCCUGUCACAGAGCUUUCCACUGGAUUACGGAAACUGCAGUCCGGGCACAAUAUCGGUAAGAUCGUCAUAACUUUCGGGGACAAUGAUACAGCGCUGGUGGACAGUAGUGUGCCACUUUGUCCAGACCGUUUACCGAGCUUGCUCAAACCUGAUGUCACUUAUCUCAUAACUGGAGGAACCGGAGGUAUCGGGAGAUCUCUCGCAACCUGGAUGUUCAGCAAUGGUGCUCAUAAUGUUGUGCUUCUGGGCCGCAGUGCUGCGACAAACCGCGAUGUACAAAAACUCCGAGCUCAAUACGAGGACUCCGACAAAACCCUUCGAGGUGUCGCUUGCGAUGUGAGCUCCCGCGAGCAAUUGAAUGGAGCAUUGGCCGAGAUCGCAGAUCUACCUCCCGUCGGUGGUGUGGUGCAUGGUGCGCUAUUUCUGAGGGAUUGUUUGUUCGGUAAAAAUACGUACGAAGAUUGGCAAAACAUCAGCAACCCGAAGCUUCAAGGUGCUUGGAAUCUACACCAUGCUUUGGGGUCGCUCGACUUCUUCAUCAGUCUGUCAUCAUUGGUCGGUGUCGUCGGCAAUGCGGGUCAGGUCAUCUAUUCCGGUACCUCUACCUUCUUGGAAUCCUUUUCACGAUCCAGAAACGGACAAGGAAUGCAUGCCGUCUGCGUUGCUUUACCGGCCGUAAUGGAAAUCGGAUCGGCAGCAAAAGCCGGACUCGCGGAACGUCUUUGGCAAACUUCUGGGGCCGCGCUCACUGAGCAGGAUGUCCAAACCGUCGUCAAAGCCGCCAUAUUGGGAUCUCAGUCGGGUUGGGUUCAUGAUGGCCAAGCUGUCUUGUUCCGGUUAGCGCCGGGGGAAGAGAUCGCCAGCCCCACAGGCACGCGGCUCCACCCUUUGACAAUCGCGGGUCGCUUGAGGACUCAACAGCUCCAGGUCGAUGAUGGUGCAGCUGCAAAUGGUGGGGCUGAGCGGGGUGGCAAGCGGCAAUUGACAACAGAGGAGUCGCUUCUGGAGGCCCUCAUGGGGAAAGUCUCGUCCAUCACCAUGAUUCCUUUGGAUGAAGUCGGGCCCGAAGAACCGCUGGCAAGCUACAAUUUGGACUCCCUGGUGUCUGUUGAGCUGCGGAAUUGGAUUCGUCGGGAAGCGGGUGUUGAGAUGGCACUGCCGUCGAUUGUGGGUGCGGCGAAUCUGCGUGCCUUGUCGGCGAGGAUAUGGGGGAUGAUGGGCAAAAGUGCUUGA